AUGUCUGAUUUUCUCCAAUAUAUCCAAAUUGCUAAAGGGGGCUCAUACUUCACAAAAUAUUUCCAAUGUCUGACCAAACAAGACAUUGUUGAGUCCUCUCUCUGUGUUUCAUGCACGGCACAUAACUCAUCUUUCUCCGCCGCAGACGCCACCAUGGAAGACCCCUCCAGCCACCGCCGAUCCAAGAAGCACCACCGCCGCCAUAACGGACACCAUCCAGCCGCCACCACCACUACGGUGAGCACGACGACCGGGGAGUCCGACGGGGAGGUGGAGGAGGCGGAGGACGGCGACCCGGAGGUGUGGGCGACCCUGAACAAGGGGUUCCGGCAGGUGCAGUCGGUGCUGGACCGGAACCGGCUACUGAUUCAGCAGGUGAACGAGAACCAGCAGUCUCGGAUGCACAACAACAUGGUUAAAAACGUUUCCCUCAUUCAGGAACUCAACGGCAACAUCUCCAAGGUUGUCUCUCUCUACUCUGAUCUCAACAGCAAUUUCACCAACGUAUGCCAACACCGCUCCAAAAACCCUUCCAAAUAG